AUGGGGAUCCAAGACAAGAUUAACGAGAUAGAGGCGGAGAUGGCUAGAACCCAGAAGAACAAGAAGACCGAACAUCAUCUUGGGAUUCUUAAGGCAAAGCUUGCAAGAUACAGGCAUGAGCUGGAUGCGCCGAAGACCAAGUCUCUGAAAAAUGAUGGGUUUGAGGUCUCGAAAAGUGGAGAUGCUAGGGUUGUUCUUAUUGGGUUCCCUAGUGUUGGAAAGUCAACUCUUCUGUCAAAGAUCACAGGGACCCAUAGUAAAGCAGCAGAACACGAGUUUACCACUCUAGACUGCAUAUCUGGAAAGAUGUGCUUGAAUGACACAUGGAUCCAAGUGCUAGAUCUUCCAGGAAUUGUUUCAGGGGCUGCACAAAAUAGAGGGAGAGGACGGCAAGUGAUAAGUGUUGCAAGAACAGCAGACUUGAUCCUAAUGGUUCUUGAUCCCCGAAGGCAUGAGGACAGGAAGAUUCUUGAAAACGAAUUAUAUGAGAUGGGCAUAAGAUUAAACAAGGAGAAGCCUGACAUAUCUCUCACAUAUACAGCAAAUGGAGGAAUAAACAUCGGGGUAACAUUGCAGCUCACAAAGACAACUGAAGAUACAAUAAGAGCCAUUCUACGGGAGUACAAAAUUAACAAUUGCCAGAUGUUUAUAAGAGAGGAUGUAUGCGAUGAUGAUGUCAUAGACUUGAUUAGCGGAUCUGCCGUCUAUAUAGAUUGUUUGUAUGUGUACAACAAAAUAGACGAACUUUCUCUGGAGGACUUCAACAAGAUUGCAGAAUGUCCCAACAGUACGCCCAUAAGCUGCCAAAAAGGCUGGAAUAUCGAUGCAUUGCUUGAAGACAUCUGGUCCAAGCUGAAGCUCACAAGGGUUUACACAAAGAAGAAGGGAAUACCCCCGGCUUUAGACAACCCUGUGGUGAUAAAGGAAGGAGGAACAGUGAGGGAUCUUUGUGUUCAGAUCCACAAGGAUUUUCUGCAAGGUUUCAAAUAUGCACUGGUCUGGGGAACUAGUGCAAAACAUAGCCCGCAGAAGGUCGGGCUUGGACACAUGCUAGAAGAUGAAGAUGUGGUUCAGAUAUUUCUGAAGUAG